AUGCCCGCCACGUCUCUCUUUGAGCUGCAACUGCAGCCGCAAUAUGCCCCACAGCAGCAGCAACAACAGCAACAGCCGUCGCUUUCACCGCCGCCGCCGCCGCCGCCGCCGCAGCAGCAGCAGCAACAACACACGCAGGACGAGCAUGAACAGGAGGCCGCACGUGCCGCAGCAGCGACGGCUGACAACGUGCCCGCUGAGGGCUCCGAAACCGCGCAGCGACGCCCUAUGGUGGUCAUCGUGACCGGGCCCACCGCCGUCGGCAAGACAGCCAUCAGCCUCAUGCUGGCAACGCAUCUCAGGCAGCCCACCACGACAGGCCACCACAAUUACCAGCACCAGGAACAGCAGCAGGAGCAGCAGCAGGAGCAGCAGCAGCACCAACAGGAGCAGCAGCAGGAGCAGCGUCAUUCCGACGGUAAUGGUGCUGGAUAUAGCGCGACGGGGAUAGGGUGCGGUGCCGUUGAUGGUGCUGGCGGCUGCUCGGCGGCUGGCGGCGGCGGGGCGUCGUCAGCUGGGGGGGAGGUGAUCAGUGCGGACAGCGUGCAGGUCUACAAGGGUCUGGACGUGGGCUCAGACAAGCUUCCCCCCUCGGAGCGGCGGGGUAUUCCCCAUCACCUGAUUGACGUGCGGGAGCCCCAUCAGGACUUCUCAGCCGGGGAGUUCUUCGAGUGUGCGCGACCCGUGAUGGAGGACAUCAUCAAUCGCGGCGGCGUUCCGUUGGUGGUUGGCGGCACGGGUUUGUACCUGCGUUGGUUGGUGGUUGGCAAGGGGGGCGCCCCUCGCGCCACCCCGGAGGCUCUGAAGGCGGUGAAUGAAGCCAUCGGAGCGGCGUGGGCGGAGAGGGAGGCGGAGAAGCGGGCUGCUGCAGUGGCGGAGGCGACAGAUGCGACGGCGGCGGCGGCGGCGGCGGCGGCGGGUACCGCAGAGGUGGCGGCGGUAGCGCCGGAUCCAUUUUGUCUAGGGGAGGAGGAGAAAUGGGACGCAGCGGCGGCGCUGCUGCUCAAAUGGGGUGAUGACGUGGCGUACGACAGGAUCCGAGCGGAGCGCAACAACUACUACCGGUUGGAGAGGGCACUGGCCAUCCUCGCCAUGCACCCGGGGGCUAAGUUGGCGGAUUUCGAACCCCGCGCGAUUCUGGAUCGGGAACUGGAUUUGGAUUUCAGGUGUUUCUUUCUCCACCGGCCUCGGCUACAGCUGUACGACAGGAUUGCGUCCCGCGUGGAGGCUAUGGUAGUGGAGGGGGGCUUGCUCGAGGAGGCGGCCAUGCUGCUGCGUAUGGGUCUGGCACCCGGAGCAAACAUGGCGGCCAAAGCCAUCGGGUACCGGCAAGCCAUGGAGUGGCUGAUGGCGGCCAAGGCGGCUGACCGACCCGUGGGUCUGCCGGACCUGUGUGCCCUGCACGCCGCCAUCUGCCAGGCCACUCACAAACUCGUGCGCGCGCAGAUGACCUGGUUCAGGGACGACCCCAUGUAUAAGUGGAUAGAUGUGGAGGGUCGUGACCCACGGGACGUUGUGGAGGAAAUCCUUCAGGAGCUGGCCAAGCCGCAACACGAAGCAGCAGCGGAGGCGCGGGGCCCGGCUAAGAAGGCCAAGAGCAAGUCCGCUCUGGCGGCGGAGGCGGCGGCGGCCGCCGCGGCCGCGGCGGAGGCGCAGCUGGCCCCGCUCCUGGCGCGCAUCAAUGGAGAGCUACUGCCGGGCAUUCCGGAGGCGGCUGUAGCUGCCGGAGCCGCAUCCGCCACUGCUACCUCCGCGGCGGUGUCUGGAGGUGUACGGCAGGAAGUGGGGGAGGUUGAAGAGCGGGAAGCGAAGCGCUGUAGAUCAGGGGAGUAA